CGGUCGACAAGGAGCAAGCACACAAUCUCCCAGCGAGUGACUGCAACAUGCGAGCUCUGUUCCUUCUGUCACUGUUCCUGGCUGCUCAGGCAGCGCCACUUGUCGGGCCUGAGGGUGAUGCCCCUGUAGUAGCCGACUCGGAGGUGUCCCUAUCACAACCAGCUGAAGCUCCUGCAGACACUGGGGUUGUAGAACCGGCAGUUGAAGUUGAACUUGCUGUUGACGAAGCGGGUUCAACUGUGAUGGUAGAAGCACAAGAAACCGCCCCAGUAGAAGAGACUGCUGCAGAUGAGGCCAUUGAAGCUAAGGAAGCUGUUCCAGUUGAGGAGACUGCAGCAGCUGAAGAGACUGCUCCAGUUGAUGCCAUUGAAGCUCAAGAAGCUGCAGCAGCUGAAGAGGCUGCUCCAGUUGAGGCCAUUGAAGCUCAGGAAGCUGCUCCAGCUGAGGAGACUGUAGAAGCUGAAGUGGCUGCUCCAGGUGAAGCCAUCGAAGCUCAGGAAGCUGCUCCAGUUGAGACUGAAGAAGCUGUUCCAGGUGAGGCCAUUGAAGCCCAGGAAGCUGCUCCAGGUGAAGCCAUCGAAGCUCAGGAAGCUGCUCCAGCUGAGGAGACUGCAGCAGCUGAAGUGGCUGCUCCAGGUGAAGCCAUUAAAGCCCAGGAAGCUGCAGCUGAGGAGACUGCAGCAGCUGAAGUGGCUGCUCCAGGUGAAGCCAUUAAAGCCCAGGAAGCUGCAGCUGAGGAGACUGUCCCAGCCGAGGAGACCACAGCAGCUGAGGAGGCUGCAGCAGCUGAAGUGGCUGCUCCAGGUGAGGCCAUCGAAGCUCAGGAAGCUGCUCCAGCUGAGGAGACUGUCCCAGCCGAGGAGACCACAGUAGCUGAGGAGGCUGCAGCAGCUGAAGUGGCUGCUCCAGGUGAGGCCAUCGAAGCUCAGGAAGCUGCUCCAGCUGAGGAGACUGUCCCAGCCGAGGAGACUGUCCCAGCCGAGGAGACUACAGCAGCUGAGGAGGCUGCAGCAGCUGAGGUGGCUGCUCCAGGUGAGGCCAUCGAAGCUCAGGAAGCUGCUCCAGCUGAGGAGACUGUCCCAGCCGAGGAGACUGUCCCAGCCGAGGAGCCGACUGUCCCAGCCGAGGAGACUACAGUAGCUGAGGAGGCUGCAGCAGCUGAAGAGGCUGCUCCAGGUGAGGCCAUUGAAGCUCAGGAAGCUGCUCUAACCGAGGAGACUGUCCCAGCCGAGGAGACUACAGUAGCUGAGGAGGCUGCAGCAGCUGAGGUGGCUGCUCCAGGUGAGGCCAUCGAAGCCCAGGAAGCUGCUCCAGCUGAGGAGACUGUCCCAGCCGAGGAGACCACAGCAGCUGAGGAGGCUGCAGCAGCUGAAGUGGCUGCUCCAGGUGAGGCCAUCGAAGCUCAGGAAGCUGCUCCAGCUGAGGAGACUGUCCCAGCCGAGGAGACUACAGCAGCUGAGGAGGCUGCAGCAGCUGAGGAGGCUGCAGCAGCUGAAGAGACUGUUCCAGGUGAGGCCACUGAAGCUCAGGAAGCUGCUCCAGCUGCGGAGACUGCAGCAGCUGAAGAGGCUGCUCCAGUUGAAGCCAUCAAAGCUCAGAAAGCUGCUGCAGUUGAGGAGAUUCCACUUGAAGAAUCUGUUCCAGCUGCUGAACCUACCCAAGCUGAAGAGGCCCCAGGAAAUGAGGUUACAGGAGAUGAAGCUGUAGCAGCUUCAGAGAUCGUUUCUGCCACACCUACUGUCAUCUCUGUUGGAACUCCUGUUGUCACUAAGGCCAGUGUUACCCCAGCAGCUACAAACCUUGUGAACCCCGUGAUGAGGGUAGACCCACGCUACCAAAGCUUCAUCUAUCCCAACGACGCCCCUGACAUUGUGGCAGCCAAGAUUGUCUUCUUCAACCACCAUGCUGCUCGCCUGCCAACCCUCCCUACCAUCUAAACUAUCAAGUUUUGACUGAUCCAUUCAGUGGUAAGUUAUUUGCCUAAAAUUUAAUUCAAUAUUGGAUAUACCCAAAAAGCCUAAUCAUGAAACGGCAUCAUUUGCAGCAAUUUAAAAUCUGCAGAUGAAAGGUGUAUAAUAUUUAAAUUAUCCAUGUAAUCACUCCUUGUACAAUAAUAAAAUCUCACUUCCCUCAUUUUUCUGAGCAUAAAUACAGGUACUAAAAGGGUUGGACCUUCUGAUGUUCUUAUUAUCACUGGCAUUUGCCUUUCUUUUUAAAAGGAAUUGUAUAUUUGAACUUUAACAUAUUGAGAGGAUGUGAGGCAUAAUAAGUGAAUCAAAAUUGUAUAUAAAUGCAAAUUAUUAGUUUAAGUCAUUGUACAUAUCAUGUUCACGACUUUGUAAAUAUUGUAGGUGGAAACCAGCUUGGUACUGUCAUAUAAUAUUAACUACAGUAGUAUUGCUCAUCUAGUCGUAGAAUGAAGAUAGGGGGACUGACUUUAUGAAGAGUAGCAAGGUGGCCCAGAUGUAAGGGCACAGUGAGUACAAAGGUGUAAAAAGAAUAAUACGUAUUACCUUCAUGGUGAUCAGGUAUGGCAUCAUAUGUACAGUAAUUUCUAUCAACGUGAUGUGUGAUGACAGUGGCAUCUUUGUAUAUAGCUUGGGAAACUUAAAAUAAGCUGGCCUGUAUCAGCUCAAACUGCUCAAUAUUUCCUCUAUUUCUUGUGUCGGAAGUCAGGAAUCAUGAGUGACUAUGACGGAGGAGUACUGGCUGUAUAGUGGAACUCCUUUACAAGGUGGCCGAUACUGGCAGCGUCCUACCGCUGGGAGAUUGUCACUCAUAUCUCUGGUUCUUGCUCCCAUUUGCUAAACCUUUGCUCUCAAAUUCUAAUGACAUAUACAGUACUGUACUGAAUAAAUAUUAAAUUUUGAUUUAACUGAGCAAGAUUUAGCAAAUGAACAUAAAACAAGUAUUCUCAGCUUAGUAGACCCAUAGCAAUUGUAAAUAUGGUUGUGUUCUUAAAAAAUUUACCUUUCUGUAGAUGCUUAAAGGAUAUGAACUUGUCCUUGAUGUGAAAGAUGGAACACAGAGUAUUAUUUUCAAAAUAAAGUGCUAAAUAAUAAGA